CGUGUCUUGAACUUUCAUCAUCUGGAAAUCUGUCAUUUUACAGGUUCCAUAUGAAGUUUCCAGGAGCAUACAUACAAUUUCCUGGAACAACCAGGAGGGUCUGAUGCAUUUCCGGUCGUUCUGAAGAGGCGGCUUCAGUCCUCCUGACCAUGACCAUCAGCCCCCCAUGACAUCGACGGCGCUCUCUCGCGCCGAGAGACUCAGUCUCGUCAGCAUCACGGGCGCCUGCGUCGCCAUCCUCGCCAACGCCUUCCAGGGCGAUGACAAGCCGCUUAUUGUGUCCCUGGCGCUCAGCGGGCUGGCCUUUUGCGCCUCGUUCGCCCUAAUCCGCUGGCUCGGCCCGACCUUCAUCAAGGCCGGCUUCAAGGGCGUCGACAUGGCCAAGCACAGCCGCAAGGAGUUACCCGAGUGCAUGGGCGCCGUGUGCGCCGCCGUCUACCUGUUUGCCAUUAUCGUGUUUAUCCCCUUUGCCUUUUACAAGGACGUCGUCGCGGCCACGAGCGGCGGCGGCAACAGGGACGUGGUGCUACAGGUUGAGCAUGUGCAGCAGGGCCGCUUCCUGCACCGCUUCCCACAUAGCAAGCUCUCAUCCUACCUGUCCGCCAUUGUCUCUCUGCAGACCAUCGCCUCCCUCGGCCUGGCUGACGACCUCUUCGACAUACGCUGGCGGCACAAAUUCUUCAUCCCCGCCUUCGCCGCCAUCCCGCUGCUGGUCGUCUACCGCGUCGACUUCGGCGUCACCUCCAUUGUCGUGCCCAUCCAGCUCCAGCCCUACUUCGGCCCGCUGUUCGACCUCGGCGCGCUCUACUACGUCUACAUGGCCUGCGUCGCCAUCUUCUCCCCCAACAGCAUCAACAUCAUGGCGGGCAUCAACGGCAUCGAAGUCUCCCAGUCACUCGUCAUCGCGCUGCUCCUCGCCGCCAACGACGCCCUCUACCUCCUCACCCCGUACCCCCACCCAGCUACCGACAGCCACCUCUUCAGCUUAUCCUUCCUCCUCCCCUUCAUCGCCGUCUCGCUAGCCCUGCUUUACCACAACUGGUACCCGUCGCGCGUGUUUGUGGGCGACACGUACUGCUAUUUCGCGGGAAUGGUCUUUGUCGUCGUCAGCAUACUGGGCCACUUCAGCAAGACGCUUGUCCUGCUCCUGCUGCCGCAGAUUUUUAACUUUGUCUACUCGGUUCCGCAGCUGUUCGGCCUCGUCCCCUGCCCGCGCCACCGCCUGCCGAGGUUCAAUGCGCGGACCGGCCUGCUCGAGCCGAGCGUCACGCCCUGGACUCCCGAGCGGCAGCCGAGGUGGCGGGUGGUCGGUUGGGGGUUGAGAUUGCUGAGCCGGCUGCGGCUGUUGAGGGUUGCGGUGGAUGGGGAAGGAAGGCUGGUCGAGACGAGCAAUUUCACGAUCUUGAACCUGUGGCUCGUGUGGAGGGGCCCGCUGCGGGAGGACAGGCUAGCGCUGGAGAUCACGGCGGCGCAGGCGGUGCUGGGGCUGUUUGGGUUGUUUGUGAGGCAUCGGCUGGCGUUGUUGGUCUUUAAGGAGGAUAAUUGGAGUCUGUUGUGAAAGGCAAGUAGAUUUUGUGUCUUGGCAGACGGGAGGGCAACAUAGACUCGAUAAACAUUCAUUGUUCCCUUAGAAAGAGAAGGCCUGUUUUCCCGGUUCCUGUCAGUGACCAGGAGGAAAGUCCAGGAUGCGCCGGAUUGGUCCGGACAAAGAGUAAGACGAGGUGUAACUCGAGACUCAUUCUAGGCACUUGUUGAGCCCGGUCACAUACCCCGGAGCUCCAAUGUGGACUUGCAUGAGCAACGCAGCCUUUCAGAAGGAAACUGUGGAACACCGGUUUUACUCUUCGGCAACUCAAGACAGUACGUCACAAUAGGGGUAGAUCUCAGCCAUUCCAACUCGACUCGAUCUCGCGAUACAGU